UAUCACUGAAUUUCACCAGAAUGUUCUAGAAUUUGCGCGUGACCACUUGUCUACUUUUGAAUUUAAACGCUCGAGGUCUGCGCGUGUUUAAGGGUCUGCAACUCUUCUGAUCGUACGUGGUAACGAAGAUACUGUAGAAGAACUCGAGAUAUCAGCUGAGAUGGACGACAAUGAAUUACUUCUCUCCAUCGGGAUCAACCCCACAAUGUUUCCCAGCAAGUUGUGGCAUUUGGUGAAUGAUCCUCAGAUUUCCUCAAUCUACUGGGAUGAAAGUGGGGAAGGAAUUCUGAUCUGUAAGAAGACCUUCAAAGCUGAAGUGUUAUUUACAGCCAACAAGAUGAAAAAGUACUUCAAAACGACAGAUUUCAUCAGUUUUCUUCGCCAACUAAAUCUGUAUGGCUUCAAAAAAGUGUACCCAGACUAUGAGAUCUCGAUGAUGCAAGUGGGCAAAAUUCAUCACUUUUACAACCCGAACUUCAAACGGGAUUACCCAGAGCUUAUGGUCAACCUAACACGACUCACGCCUUCCAACAAGGCCAAGCUUGCCGCUGGGUUAGAAGUAUCCAAACAGCCAGGACGUUUAAAGAACUCUGCAGUGGUCGGCACAGUUGAGCAUCGAGAAACUCCUUAUCACCGGUACUCUCAGCGUGUAAAACGGUCCUACACAACAACCAAAACCUUCCAGGCAUUUGUAACAGGUCAUGAUGAAUCAAGCUCUGAUUUCAGUCGCUUCCGGAUGGCUUUACCGUGGACAUAUCCAUCUAGUCCAAUGCAACAGGGCUCAGACUGUGCAGUGCCUGAUGGUAAUUUAGAGUAUCAGUGCUGUAUCCCAGGCUCUUUGGAUUUAAACAUGCCCUGCUCCCAAGAAGAUGUCACCUACGCUCGUCGUGGCUAUUAUCCUGACAACUCAUUUAGCCACCUCCAGGACCAGAAUCCAAACUGGCAAGCAAGUGUUGCUCCAGAUCCCUGGGAAAGUUACAAGAACCUGGGCACUGUUUUCAAUGUGGAAGAUGAAGUGCAGGAUUACUCAUUAAGCCACCUCCAGUACACUGACCAGAAACCAACUUGGCAAGAAAGUGUUGCUCCAGACCCAAGGAAAAGUUACAUGAACCUGGAAACUGUUAUCGUAGUGGAAGAUGAAGUGCAGGACUCCUCAGACAGCCAUCUCCAUCGCACUGGUCAGGCUCGAAACUGGCAAUCAGCUGAUGCUCCAUAUCCCAGGAAGAGUCACAUGAACCUGGGCACUGUAUUCAGAGUUGAAGAUGAAAUGGAGGUUGCUGCCUUCAUCACUGUGCUCAGCAAUGAAAAGCCACCUCGGAUGACAGUUAAUUAUCAAAAUUAAAAUCAUCUUCAGAAUUUCCUGAAUUUUUUUUUUAAUAAAAAGAUGUCUGUGCAUAUACUGGA